UCUCUCUCUCUCUCUCUCUCUCAGUUUGUACAUUGUACACAGUCACCUAAAUCUCUCUCUACUCUUUUUUGUUGCGACGAUGAUGAGUCACAUUGUACGGAAAAAGCUGUUGAGCUCGGCGACGUCGUCUUCCUCUCUACUCACGCGCAUUUCACCUAUAAUCCCUAACUUCACUCGCUCUGCUUCUCGCAAACUUGUUCACUCUAGGUUUUUCACUUCUCGCUGCAUAAAUCAUGAUCCUAAAUCAGAACUAGUUGGGUGGUGGUCUGGGGUCUCUGAAGAAAAGAACCAUCCUUAUGGUCAGCUUAUUCAUAUAGGUGCAGAGAAGGGAAGAUACUUAGCAAGAAGUUAUAGUCCUUGGCAGCUUGCAACUGCCAAAAAUGGAACCCCAGUGUUCGAGAUUUAUGUCACAACUGGUUGACAAGGUGAAUACAAGGAGCAGGCCAUCUAUAUAAAGCAUAAGAAAGCUUGUCACCAUUCUUUGGGGUCUUUAGAAGGCAAGCGUAUAGAUAUAGGCGUGUUUCCCUUGACAGCAGCAGGUAGUAAAGCCAAUCAUGAUCAGUGGAUUAACACAAUGAAGAAAUUUGAGGCAGCAAGUGGAAAAUAUAUUGACAAAGAGGCAGCUAAGAACUUUGUAGCAGAACAUCUGUCAAACCAACAGGUUGUCCGUGACGUGGGAACUGAUGUUGCAGUUGAUUCUCUCGAAGAGAAAACUGUAGUAUACAAUAUAUUUGCUGUUGGUGACAUUGAAGAUAAGGUUACUAGGACUCUUGAUAAUAAAGUACUUCGAGUGCCAGGAACUUUGGAGAGAAAAGAUUGCUUCUCAUUCUGCCUGACAUUGGAUAAAGGCAAAGACCAACAUUUUUCUGAUGAUAAUCGUGAAGUUUAUCGUACUACAGACCUUAAUUCUCUUCAUUUGGCUGACUGCAUUGGCAGAGGGAUACCCAUAAAGGAGGUUUUGCAGAAGGAAGAUCACUGGUUUUCACUCCUUGUCAGUCGGGCGAAAAAUCAACAACCGCUGCUAUCUCGACUAACCACAUUUAACCGGAUUGAUGUUCCAGCUUCAUCUGAUCCUCUAAAUGGUAUGUAUAUUGGCUCAAAUGGUUACCUUGCUACGGAAGUCAUUCAACUAAAGAAAUUGUUUGGUCCUUGGCAUAAAGUUGAUGGCAUAAAGGAAGUUUCAGAGCCUGAGUUGUGCGAAUAUGUUGAAGCUGUAAACUUGACUGGUGAUAUUGAUAUGCCAGCUGGUCAGGCAACAUUUCAGGCGAAGAUUGGAGAAAAAUAUAAGCUUUAUCCUGGGAUCAUUCUUGAAGAAAAAUAUGGAGCUGUUGCUCGCUACAAAGGAAAAGGAAGGCUUUCUGGAUUCCAGAAUUUUAAAUUGGUUGAUGUUGAUGUUCUUAUUCUUGGGGAAGAGUAUCGUCGCAGAGAAGGAUUUGCUAUUGCAGUUCUGUAUUCAGCCCCCGAACAUUAUUUCAUGAAGUUCUUUAAGCAGCUCACACUGCAGAGCUUCCAUGAAUCUCACUGAACCAGAGUUCUGAAGAAAUGACUUUUGUCUUUUGCUGCCCUGAAGUCACCACUGAUUCCGACUGCAUUGACAUACGACAGUGAAGAGAUAUCUUAUUAUGUCGGAGUUUUAAUGGAACAGCAAACCUAAGUUGGGUGAUUUUCAGAGGAUAAACUUUGUGCUACUUCCUAUGGUCUAAUUGUUAAAAUUAGGAGCGGUAUGGUUGCAGAAGGUGAAAUGCAGAUUAGUAGUUUAUAUACAGAAAAAUUUCAGUUUGAUAUGCAUGUCAUGUGGCUGAUUUACGCAGAAAAUUAUCACGUAGAUAUGCGUAUGUUAUGUGGCUGAUGCACGGGUAUUAUACGAGAACCCAAUUUUUUUUUUUUUUUUUUGGGUCGAUCAAUUAAUUGGCGUCUUAGGAGUGCACUAGAUCACAAUAUUUCGAUUCGAUACAAAAUGGAAAUGUCGAAUGGAGGGAGAAUAAUCAAAUACUGGGGCUUGGGUCGUAUAUAAAAGAAUUCCCGAUUCUUAUAAAAAAAAUAUGUUAAAAGUUCAAACUUUGCCAAAAAAAUUCAAACUUGAACAAGUAAUUAGAUGAUCAGUUGCCCGAUUUUAAUGUCACUUUGUGAUGUAUAAAAAAGGAGAGUGCGAAUUGGUGAUCACGGGAAUGAAGAUUUUUCAUUUUCGAUUCCAUUAUAUUGUCUAUUGUGCCUUCCUUUCAAAGUUAUCACUAUCCCAACUGUAAACAAUUUUGAUUCUUGGCAGAGUAUUAAGAACAUAUUGGCAGAGUAUGGAAUUUACGAAGGUGCAGCGGGCGACAAAGCAACUGAGGCUACAAGCCAUGUAUUCUUUCGAAGAGAAUUCACAAAGGCGUAGCAAGUGACAAAGCAACAGAGGCUACAGGCGAGGGAUUCUUUCAAACAGAGAAUUGUAAUUUUACAUGAUUACGUUGGCUUUGCUGUUGGCGACAUUGUAGAGAAGUUUACCAGAUCUCUUGUUAUAGAGCACUUUGGAUACCAUCUAUUUUUUUCUAAGUGGAAAUCUAGUACUUAACUUCUGUACUUCAAGUCUUCCCUUUGCAUUACAUAUCAAUUAAGUCUACACUCAAUUGACGGUGAUAUUUAGAAAGAGAGAAACUGGAUUGAGCAGGGCUGGUGAUUGAUAAUUUGUUAUGCUCCACAGCCAAGACACAAAUUUAAGUCCAUGUUAUAUGAACCAGC